AGUGAGGCGACCCCGGAGCCGAUGCCGCCAGGGGAAGGGUUGGGGACUGAACAAUUUUGAGGAAUUGCCCCGAGGGGCUGGUUGGUGGAUGGGGACUCAUACCGGGUUUGUCUCUAGGAGCACCAGGGAAGAGGAUUCGCUCUGCGCACGCUAAGGACGAGCGUCAGAGAGUACCGACCGGAGCGGAAGGCUUCGGACAGGGGCUGGGCAGUCACAGGAAUCUUUCCCAGGGAGUCCGGAGACAAAGCCCCUCGAAGCCGGGCGCGGACCGCCGCCCUGCCUCCCUCUGCACUGCCACCGGUUGCCAGGGGAGGGGUCGGGGCGGAGCAAGUCGCCCGGGCGGGCUGAUCGCGUGGAGCAGUGAAGAAGGUCAGUGGAGGGAUAGGCGUCCCUGCGGCUACCGACGACCUCGCCCCAGCCGGCCACCUCUGCAGACCAGUUUCGCUGCUUCGGCCAGAGGCGCGGAACCCCAAGGGAGCGAUCCCUGCGUGUGGCUGCACGGUUGCUUGCUUGCGAGAGGGGUAGGGCUCCCAGCUCUCCGGACUCGUCUGGCGUCCUCGCCUCCUGCGGGCCGGCGGACUGCGGCGCCCCGGGCAUGGCUUGGGCGGGCAGCGGCCUGGAGGAGGUGCGCGCGUCGGUGCUGACCCCGCUGAAGCUGGUCGGGCUGGUGUGCAUCUUCCUGGCGCUGUGUCUGGACCUGGGUGCCGUGCUGAGCCCGGCUUGGGUCACGGCCGACCACCAGUACUACCUGUCCCUGUGGGAGUCCUGCCGGAAACCCGCCAGCUGGGACAUCUGGCACUGCGAGUCCACGCUCAGCAGCGAGUGCAAGGUAACACCUUAGUGGACUGGAUUCAUGCCUAUGCCCCAGUGGCUAACCAAUCAGCAUGCUUGGUCUGCACUGAACUCCUCCUGAGCACAUAAGCUGGCCUCCCAUGGCACAUCUCUCCUGCUUCUGUCUCAAAAUGGACUUGGCUUCAGAACCAAUGGAACAGUGAACAUCCCUUGUGGAAUGUUACCUGAACUGACAUCUGUGCUGGGGCGAAGCAGCGUUAUGACUGGCCCAGCCAUUAAGUAGCCACUCUGUAUGGGAUGGCUCAGGGUGGCUCACAGCUGAAGCUGUGGAGCUGGCUGGACCAGCUCCCCUUUACGUUGAGAAUCCCGAGGGACAAGCCCAGGCAGCCUGGGCUCCAACAGGUCUGUGUCAGACUUGGACUCUAAAGCAUUACUGAGAGGCACAGAAUGAUGUGUGGGCUGCAGUUCCCAAUGGAACCUCUAGGUGUAUGGCUCACAUGAGUGGCCAUACCAGGCCGAAAAUUGGACUGGUUGUUGUACCUGGGAUGGUCCUAUUUGCCUGCUUGAGUUCAGAAAACUCUUGCAAUCUGGCCUACCAAUUGGGAAGCGUUUAAGGUGUGACACCGGGUAAAGUGUACUCCCUGGUGGUAUUACCCACUAGCUAUUUUUUCUCCUCAAGCUAUUUCUAUAGUCAUGGAGACUGAAAUAACUGCUUUGGCUUUGCACACUGCUCCUGUGUUGAAUGCAACAUGUGAUUCCUUAAGCCUCAUACAUGAGGAAGUAUAUCAAUCGAGGAAAGUAGCCUUAUAAAAUCACAUGCCUUAGACAUGCUCACUGCAUCACAAGGUGAGGUGUGUGCCCUGGUAGGGGCUGAAUGCUGUGUAUACCUUCCAGAUGUCCAUCACAAUGUUAGCCAAGCUCUACGGGCAUUAGCUUCUGAGACCCAUGACAUCGAAUGCAUGACAGGUGAUCCUCUGCAGGAAUGGUGGGCAUUGCUAACCACUGAAUGGCAGUGAAUCCUUGCUGUCUUGAGUGGCAAUGCUUGUGUUCUAGUUGUGUGCUAUUGCAGUUCGUACUGCUGUUGUGGCAUUUGGGUACAGGGCUCUGCCCUCCUCACCAAGGGACCCUUGCGGAAGGCACCCUCGUGUAGAUUGUAUGGUGAAUAACCCUGAAGUGGUGGAUUGUAGGGGAAAUGGAGUCAGUCAGCCUCCCUCACUGGGCCUGAUAAGCAGUAUUAGCAUAGCUUUGAGAAUAGGCCCGAGUGUGCAGAAUCACACUUUGUUAUAUUAUAUCUUGGCCCCCUGCUGGUUUUGUGUGCAUUUAGUAUAUAAGAGAGUAGGGGCU